AUGGAUCAGUGGAAGCUACUUUAUCCAAACUGGGAAAUCAAACUAUGGUCGCAAAACAACUUAUUCUCACUAUACAAUGAAGAACGAUACAAACAAUCUCGUAGUAGACGACAACAAGCCGACAUCAUUCGAUAUGAGCUCGUCUUUCAAUAUGGAGGCAUUUAUGUCGAUGUCGAUUUUGAACCGUUAAAAAAUAUGGAACCAUUACUUCAUGGUGUUAAAGCUUUUGUUGCUUAUGAAGGUCCACAAUUCGUUUGCAACGGCUGCUUUGGUUCAAUUCCCGGCCAUGAGCUAGUUACAAGAUUGAUGACACGUUUGGAUUCAAAUUGGCUCGAAUUUGAAAAUGGAUCAGUCAAUCAACAAACUGGAUCCUUGUACAUGUCUAAAGAAGUGGAAAAACUUCAACUAACCAUGGCUGAUGGGUUCCAAGUAUUUUCACCACACGUCUUUUUUCCAUAUGUCUGGAAUGAACCGGAUCCUGGUAGGCCCUAUGAUCCACUUUCUUAUGCCGUACAUCAUUUCCGAUCACUAGGUGAAAAUAAGAAAACUUCUCUAACACAAGAAGCUUCUCUAAUAGAAGAACGCAUUCAUUAA